UCUUUCUGUGAAAGGUGAGGCGUGUGUUCGGAGCGGCCGGGCGGGCAACUGUGGGCGAGAGGCCACGGCGUUGGUGGCGUGGUGGCUGCUUUUUCGCUUUGGCAUUCGGAAGUCCUCACCUGCUAGACCGAAAGGCCUUUCUUCCCUGCUUCCCGUCACGAUCGCCUCAGAAUCCCCGGCUCACCGUAUCUGCCUUGCCUUGGGUGCUGAGAGAACGAACCUUGAAGAGUGUGCAGUAAAAAUAAUUUGAAACUUUGAACUAGAUCGGACCCCAGAAAGUCCUGACGUAAUGCAACUUGUCUUAAUCUGUCAGAACCUCAGCACAGUCCUCUGAAAUGGCUCACUGAGAUGAGAAUUGAAAGAGUUCAUUUCGCUCUCAAAAUGGAGUGUUCUUUAAGUUGAGAAACACUGUACCUCCUUAAUGAUUGGAAGGAAUCAAACAAUGCAGACAUAAUUCGUCUCUUGAAAGAUUGUGCCCUAGUUCUUGAAAUGCUUUUUAUUUAGAAUAGUAAUAAAAAUGGAAGAAAAAAAAGUAAGGGAUGAUGAAAAUCCAGACCAAGAAAGCUCUUCGCAAUUUUCUGAACAGUUUAAUCAGCUGGAAUUGUUGGAAACCCAUGGACACCUGAUUCCCACCGGUACUCAGAGUCUCUGGAUAGGCUAUUCUGAUGAAGAUGAGGAGCAAGAGGAAAAAAGCGAAGAGUGGUAUCAAUUGCAAGAAAAAAAAAUGGAAAAAGAUCCAAGCAAAUUGCUUCUUUGGGCUGCUGAAAAAAACCGGCUUGCUACAGUGCAGAGGCUGCUUUCUGAGAAGGCCACUGAAGUGAACACUAGGGAUGAAGAUGAGUAUACCCCUCUUCACCGAGCAGCCUACAGUGGACAUUUAGAUAUUGUUCGUGAGCUGGUGGCUCAGGGAGCAGAUGUGCAUGCAGUGACUGUGGAUGGAUGGACACCACUGCACAGUGCUUGUAAGUGGAACAACACCAGGGUGGCCUCUUUCUUACUACAGCACGAUGCAGACAUCAAUGCCCAAACAAAAGGCCUCUUGACCCCUCUGCACCUUGCUGCUGGCAACAAAGACAGCAGAGAAACCCUGGAGCUCCUCCUCAUGAAUCGAUACAUCAAACCAGGGCUGAAGAACAACUCGCAAGAGACUGCUUCCGAUAUCGCCAGGAGGACAAGCAUCUACCACUACCUCUUUGAAAUCGUGGAAGGCUGUACAAACUCUUCACCUCCGUCUUAAUGACUCUAGUAAUUUUCUUACACUUCAAAGUACCAGUGCCUCCCAUUGUGAGAUGUAAAAUAUUCCCAUAUACAGAAAACAGAUGUCUCACUACAGAAAUUGUGUCCGCAUCACAGUUUUCUUCCAAGUGACCUGCCCAUCCUUGAUGUCAAAAUGUAUUUGAGAGGUA